AUGUAAAUCAAAAUUAGGAAUUACACUGUUCAAAAUAUAAUUGGUAAAGGAGCUAAUGCAUUUGUGUAUUAUGUUUAGGAUGAAAAAUUCAAUUAAUAUGCAUUAAAAGCAUAAAGUAAAAUUACUGAUAUAGAAAAAAAAUUAAAUGAGUAUAAAGUUUAAAUAUUUCAGCUUUAUUUAGAACAUCAAAUUCUAAAAUGUUAUCAACACUUACGAAUAAUUUUCAUAUAAUGAAGGUCUUAUUGAUUAUUUUAUUAUUAUCAUGGAUUAUUGUAAUAUAGGGGAUCUUUAUAAAUAUUUAUAACAAUAAUAUGCAUAUUUAAACAAUUAACAUAGAAAAGACAUGUUAUUUCAAGUAAAUAUAGAUAUUAUUAAGCAAGAUUGCUUUUGGAAUUUGGGAAAUCCAUACAGUGGAUAUUAUUCAUCGAGACAUUAAACCAUCUAACAUUCUUAUAUAACUUGUAGAUCAGAAUAAUUAUGUAAUAAAAAUUUGUGAUCUUGGAUUAUCUAAAACUCACUAAGUUGAUAUUCUACACACUAUGAAUAUUGGAACACCUUGUUAUAUGGCACCUGAAUAAAUAGAUAGCUCAUAAAAAAAAGCAACUUAUGACAAAUCUGUUGAUGUUUGGGCAUUUGGAGCUCUUAUUUAUGAUUUCUUUUCUAACUAACAAUUAUUUUUUGGAAAUGGAAUAUAUUAAAUAUUUGAAUAGAUUCAAUAAGGAACUAAUAUUUUAUAAAAACUUUAGGAAAAAAUUUCUGAUCAGUAGCUUUUAGAGAUUGCAGUGAGCUGUCUCUAACAAAAACCAUCUGAUAGACCAAAUAUCGAAUAAAUCCUUUUAAAACUCAAUCCAAGUUUAUUUCAAACAAAAUCAUAGAAAUUUUUCUAAGAAAAUAAAAAUUUCUAAUAACAAUAAUCAUGUUCCUGUUCCUGUUCCUGUUCAGAAAUUUAAUAAGUUAAUUUGUCAGUUUAAUAAAAUUAUUAACAGCCAAACUAAAAUAUAGAAUAAAAUUCAAUAUAACAGUCAACUACUCAAAUAUAACAAAAUUGUUUAUAAUAAUCUGAUUCAGAAACUUAAUUAAAUUAAGUAUAAUAGCCUAUUUUAUUAGAAAAUUAAUUAAAAAAAACAUCAUAGUUAGAGUUACCAACAAAAAUAAACAAAACUUCAGAUUCUAAUUAACAAAUUUAAAUCAUAUAAUCAUAAGAUUAUCAAUAAGAUGAAAUAAUUCAGUAAAAAAAAGAAUCUUUAAAUUAAUAAAAUUAUUAAUAACCAAACUAAAAUGAAGAAUAAAAUUCAAUUUAAUAGUCUAUUCCUCAAGUAUAAUAAAAUUGUUUGGAAGAACCUAAUUCAGAUACUUAAUUAAAUCAAUUACAAUAGCCUGUUUUUUUAGAAAAAUCAUAAAAUAAAGAAUCCUUGUAAGAAUUUCCAAAUAAUUAAAUAAAUUAAAAUGAUCAAAAUAUUCAGUCUGAAUUAGUGAUAGAGAAAAAUGAAAAAAAAAUUCCAACUCCAAAAUAAAUUGAUGACAUUAACAUUGUGCCUUCUUCUAAAGUUUAGAGCAAGUUAAAAUCUAAUAAUUAUAUAAAAAAUCAAGUUAAAUUAAGGACUAGAUUUCAUAAUCAAAAUUUAAUAGAUAAGCUUUGUUAGAAUAUCGAUGAAGGUUUUUCAAAAAAUUAAAUAGAAAAUUAUUUGAAUAAUUAAUUGGAAGAAAUUCUUGAGUAAUAAUUAUUUCAAGUAAAUUAAUGA